AUGGACGCCAAGGAGCUUGAGAAAUCUCGCGAUGGCGAGUGCAAUCACAUCGAGGCCAGUCAGGAGAUCUUCUGGACCGAAGAGGAGGAGAAGAAGCUUGUCCGCAAGAUCGACUUCUUCCUGCUGCCCAACAUCUGGAUCAUGUACUUGCUGUCGUACAUGGACAGGACGAACAUUGGAAAUGCCAAAGUCGCAGGGAUGUCCGAUGACCUGGGCCUUACCUCGUCCCAGUACAGCGUCGUCCUCGUCGUGUUCUUCGUGGGUUAUGUCGUCUUCGAGCCGCCGUCCAACAUGAUCCUCGUCCGAUCCCGCCCGUCCAUCUACCUCCCUGCGAUCAUGUGCCUCUGGGGUGUCUUGACGUGCAUCAUGUCGGUCGUCCAGCACUAUCACCACCUCGUCGUGCUUCGAGUAUUCAUUGGUAUCGUGGAAGCCGGUUUCGCCCCUGGUAUCCUUCUUAUCAUUGCAUCUUGGUACAAACGCAAGGAGCAGUCUAGGAGGUUUGCCGUCUUCAUGUCCGCGGCUAUUCUUUCUGGAGCAUUUGGUGGCCUUAUCGCUGGUGGAAUCACUGAUGGGCUUGAGGGUGCCCACGGUAUCCGCGGAUGGCGGUGGCUCUUUAUCGUUGAGGGUGCUGCCACCGCUGGCUGGGCAAUCAUCUCGACAUUUUUGCUUCUUGACUACCCGGGUACCUCGAAGAGGCUCUCUGAGCGGGAAAGGGCCAUUGCUGUUGCUCGGUUAAGGGAAGGCGCCAUCGCGAUCAGUCCUGACGAGCGGGUCGGAAAGUUGCAGAGCUUCUGGAUGGCUUGCAAAGACUGGCGGACUUGGGGAUUUACCAUUGGCUAUAUGGUUAUCGUUGGCUCAUCUACCUUGACCUACUUCUAUCCAACUCUCGUCGAGGGACUCGGAUACGCCGGCAGGAUGGCACAAUACAUGACCGUCCCCAUCUACGCCGUUGCCUUCGUGUGCACAAUGAUCACCAGUGUCUUCAGCGACAAAUUUCCCACGUACCGCGGCCUGAUCAUUGCCGGCUGGCUCACCAUCUCCAUGAUAACCUCCAUCAUCGUCUGCGCCGUCUACGACUUCACAGCCCGAUACGCCCUGCUCGUCAUCAUGGCCGCCGGACUCUGGGUGUCGAACGCUACAUCCCUCAGUUUCGCCUCGUCCUCGUUCUUCUCCAUGGACCCGGACGUGCGCGCCCAGGCGCUGGCGCUCAUGAACGCGCUGGGUAACCUGGCGCAGAUUUACGGCGCGUAUCUCUUCCCCAGCGACGACGAGCCGAAAUACCUCAUGGGCUUUGGCGUAAUUUCGGGGAUGUUGGGUGUUGGUGUGAUCACUUAUAUCCUUAUGUUUGUGUUUGUGAGGCGGCUUGAGGCUAGGACGCAGACUUAG